AUGUCCGAUGCGGGUAGCGAUGCUGCGAAGGGCCUCUCAGAUGACGAAGUUGGUGGACCAGUCGCGCCAGCAGAGAGCGAAAACGGAGGAACACCACGUGAUACGGUAGAAGAGAAUGGGCUGGACGACGACGAUGAUGAUCUGUUCGGUGAUGGCGGUGAUGCAGAUGAAGAGCCAGCAGUCGAACAACGCCAACUCGACGAUGAAGAGCUUGAUUCGGGUGACGACGAGGGCCGCGCAGACCGGGCGCCACAAGCUGCCGAGUAUGAGCAAGAGCAGCAGACGCUGUCUUUCAUGGAGACAGAUCUUGCGCGACACGCCGUACCAGAGCCUAGCGAUGGCGAGCUUUACCUACUGAAGGUGCCGCGCUUCCUGGCGUUCGAGCCGACUGCUUUCAACCACAAAACUUUCCAGCCACCGACGACAGAUCACCACUCCAAGUUUGCUGCAUCCGAGCACUUUUCCGCCUACGAUACCGCCAUGUCCACAAUUCGAUGGCGACGAUCGCCCUCCAACCACGCCGAGCUACAGUCGAAUGCACGCGUCCUGCGCUGGUCUGACGGCUCGCUGACUCUGCAGCUUGCCAGCGACCCUACCACACAGUUUGACAUUGACGCGAACGCACUGGCUCCCCCGCAGGUCAAUCCCAAAAUUCCCACACCAACUUCGACGAAGCGGAGCGCAAAGGGCGACAAGGAGAGCUACACAUACCUUGUUGCGCCGUAUGAGGAGGCCCAGAUCAUGCGCGUGACUAACAAGUUCACGACUGCGCUGAGUGUUGUCCCUGCAACGAACUUGAAAGAUGCUGCGCUCGAGAAGUUGCAGAACGACUUGGCAGCUGCAGCAACCCGUGGCCGAGAUGAAGCUGACCAAGCCAUCUCUUUCGUCAACGUCGAUGAAGAUCCCGAUCUUAUUAGGCAACGAGAAGAGGCGACUUUUAAGGAGAGGCAGCGACAAGCUAGAGCGAGGGAGAAGCACGCCGAGCGCCAGGCCGAGCGCGCGAACCGUGGUGCUGGGGGACGCACUGGAGGGCGCACAGCAGGUCUCAGCAUUGGCGAUCUCGAAGAUGACGACGGCGCACCACGAACGAAGAAGCCGCGCGCAAAGACUGGUCUACGACGAGACUGGAGCGACGACGAAGACUACGGCCGAGGUGCUGGCAGAAACCGCGAGGACGAUUACGACGAGGAGGACGAUUUCAUCGCCGCCAGUGACGAGGAGCCAGAAAUCGUCGAAGACGACGACGACCCAGAUGAAGGCAUCAUGGCGAGUCCAAAGCGGAAGAGCGGCGGCAACGACGACGACGAUGAUGACGACGAGGUGGUCCCCAGCAAUCGGACAAAACGGAGACGAGUCGUGGAUGACGACGAAGACGAUGAGUAA